GAAGAGAAGAGAGAGAAUGAGAAGUUGCUUAGAGACCUUGUCGGACUUCAAAUCAGUUUCAGUACCGGAAUUUAGGAACUCCGUUUAAAUCCGGACCCAACGGAAUUUUCAGAGAGAGAGAGUGAAGCCAGAAGUCAAGGGGAGAUCGUUCUUUCGUAAUUCAGGUCGUUCGAGUGAGAGAAAGUUAUGAUCUUUAUUUGUUCCUGAGAAAUUGGGAAAGAUGUCUACCACUCCAGCGAAAGCCACAAAUCAUGAUUCGAAUGGUAAGGGUCCAGACAUGGUGACCCCUGUUACGGGUCGGGUCAGUGAGAUCCAGUACGAAGAUGAUCCUAGAAGAUUGCUCUCUGAGCUUCAAAAAGAGCUUUUUGAGUAUCAACACAGUAUGGGUCUUCUUCUGCUCGAGAAAAAGGAGUGGAGUUCUAAAUACGAAGAGCUUCAACUAGAAUUUGAAGAUGCAAACGAGUGUCUUAGGAGAGAACGCAAUGCGCAUCUGGUUGCUAUGUCAGAUGUUGAGAAGAGGGAAGAGGGUUUGAAGAAAGCUCUGGGGGUUGAGAAGCAAUGUGCACUUGAUCCGGAGAAGGCUCUGCGGGAGCUACGCUCUGAAAACGCAGAGAUCAAAUUUACAGCUGACUCAAAGUUGACUGAGGCAGAUGCAUUGGUCAGAAGUGUUGAAGAGAAGUCUCUGGAAGUGGAGGCAAAGCUGCGUGCUGUUGAUGCAAGACUUGCUGAAGCUAGUAGGAAGAGUUCAGAGGUGGAGAGGAAGUCCAAGGAGGUGGAAGCUAGAGAAAGUUCUCUUCAAAGAGAGCGGUUUGCCUACAUUGCUGAACGAGAAGCAGAUGAGGCAACCUUGUCAAAGCAGAGGGAGGACUUGCGUGAAUGGGAAAAAAAGUUGCAAGAAGGAGAAGAAAGAGUUGCUAAAUCUCAAAUGAUUGUGAAGCAGAGAGAGGAUAGAGCAAAUGAAAGCGACAAGAUUGUCAAGCAAAAGGGAAAAGAACUUGAAGAGGCUCAAAAGAAGAUUGAUGCUGCUAACCUUGCCUUGAAGAAAAAGGAAGACGAUAUCACCUCAAGGAUAAAAGCUCUUACUUUAAGGGAGCAAGAAACUGAUGUGCUGAAGAAAUCCUUAGAGACAAAAGAGCGAGGGCUACUAGCUAUGCAAGAGAAACUGGAUGCCAGAGAAAAGGUCGAAGUUCAGCAACUAAUUGAUGAACACCAAACGAAGUUGGAGGCAACACAGCGUGAGUUUGAGUUGGAAAUGGAGCAGAAAAGAAAAUCUAUUGAUGACAGCCUGAGGAGCAAGGUUGUUGAGGUGGAAAAGAGGGAGGCUGAGUGGAAGCACAUGGAGGAAAAGGUUGCUAAACGUGAACAGGCAUUAGAUAGGAAGCUGGAGAAGCAUAAAGAAAAAGAAAAAGAUUUUGAAACAAGACUGAAAGGCAUAAAGGGCAGAGAGAUAGCCUUGAGAAGCGAGGAGAAAGCAUUGGAAACUGAGAAGAAAAAACUGGCCGAGGAUAAGGAAAAUAUACUCAAUCUUAUAGCUGAAGUGGAGAAGAUAAAGGCUGAGAAUGAAGUACAGCUAUCAGAAAUUCGCGAAGAAAAGGAAGGGCUUAGAGUUACUGAGGAGGAGAGGUCUGAGUAUCUUCGUCUGCAAACCGAAUUAAAGGAGCAAAUAGAAAAAUGCAGGUCUCAGCAGGAGCUGCUUGCGAAAGAGGCUGUGGAUCUGAAGGCCCAAAGGGAAUGUUUUGAGAAAGGAUGGGAAGAACUUGACGAGAGGAAAGCUGAGAUCGAGUCCGAACUAAAGAAUAUAACUGAUGAGAAAGCAAAACUAGAGAGAAACAAUCACUUGGAAGAAGAGAGGUUGAAAAAGGAACAUCAAGCAGCAGAUGACAACAUGAAAAGGGAGCUAGAAACUCUUGAAGUGGCAAAAGCUUCAUUUGCAGAUACUAUGGAGCAUGAACGUUCGGCGAUCUAUAAGAAAGCUGAGAGCGAAAGAAGUCAGCUGCUUCAUGAUAUUGAAAUGCUCAAAAGGAAAGUCGAGUCUGAUAUGCAGAGUAAACUGGAAGAAAGAGAAAAGGAGUUGCAAGCGAAAGAGAAGUUGUUCGAGGAAGAGAGAGAGAAGGAACUGAGCAACAUUAAUUACCUAAGGGACCUAGCAAGAAGAGAAAUGAUGGAUGUGCAGAUCGAUAGACAGAGAAUAGAGAUAGAAAAGCUAGAAACUGAUGCUAGCAAGAAACAUCUUGAAGAGCAGCAGCCAGAAAUCCGGAAAGAUGUUGAUGACCUUGUUGCCUUAACCAAGAAACUGAAGGAGCAACGGGAGCAAUUUAUUAGCGAGAGAAACUGUUUCCUUUCUUCCAUGGAAAGAAAUAGGAACUGCAACCACUGCAGCGAACUGCUUUCAGAGCUCGCUCUUCCUGACAUUGACAACCUGGAAAUGCCUAAUUUGUCAAAACUGGAAAACAUUCUUGAGAACGAAGCACCACAGCAGGAGAUGAGGGAUAUAUCGCCAACUGCUAGCUCCUUAGGAUUGCCAGUUCCUAAUGGGACAGUGUCAUGGCUACGGAAAUGUACUUCGAAGAUUCUUAAGUUGUCCCCAAUAAAAAUGGGAGAAACCUCUGCUACUCUAAAUUUUGCUGACCAGGAACCUGAGUCUACUGAGCAAGCUAACGUGAACAGUGGGCCAUCAACUAUGCUUCAGGUCCAGUCUGAAAGCGAGACAAAAGAAGUUGAAGUCGCCAAUGCAAACUCAGACGGUGAUCAAAGCAACAUCAACAGAAAGGCUCAAGAAGUUGAUGCAGAUUCUUUGUCUAAUCCAAAUGGUGAUGGUCAAUCACGCAUGAGAGGGAAAGCCAGAGUCAGAAGAACACGUUCUGUCAAAGCUGUUGUCGAAGACGCCAAAGCUAUCUAUGGAGAAUCUAUAGAACUCAGUGAUUCCGUUGAUUCAAUAGAAAAUGUUGAGGACGCUGCUAAAGGAAAAGAUGAAAGCACGAGUGAACCUGGUCGUUCUGAUAAAGGAGCUUCAAAGAAUGGACGGAAACGUGGACGUAUGGGCUCUUUGCGAACUUGUACUACUGAGCAGGAUGGUAAUGAGAGUGAUGGAAAAUCAGAUAGUGUCACCGGAGGAGAACGUCAGCGUGGGAAGAGGCGGCAAAAGGUUGCAUCAGAGCAACAACAAGAAGUUGUGGGACAAAGAUAUAAUCUCCGGCGAUCUACAAGGGUGGCUGGAAAAACCUCACUUGGUAAGAAGAAUGAAGAGACUACUGGUGGAGUGCAACAAGACGAUGGUAUUUACUGUACUCAAACCACUGCCACAGCAUCAGUAGGCGUUGCUCUUAGCGAUAAUGGAGUAAGCACGAAUGUGGUGGAGCGUGAAGCCAUGGCAGACUUCGAGGAUACACAUGCUGGUUCUCCCAAAAGAAUAGGUGAGAGUGGAGAAAUGAGUGAAGAAGAUGUGAACAAAACACCUCAAAGGGCUGACUCUGGAAACGAGUAUGACGGUGAAGAAGAUGAAUCGGAAUCAGAACAUCCCGGGAAAGUCUCCAUUAGUAAGAAGCUCUGGACUUUCCUGACGACGUAGCCCCAUCUUUGAUCAGGAUGUAGUUCGCAUAUGGUGCUAUAAUCUGUUGACAAUGUUAGUGGUUGCUUCUUUAUCUCUAGUUUAUCUUAGGAGCCUUUUUGUAUGGAUCUUUGUUGCCAAAGUGUAGUGAUUUCUUUCUAGCUUUCUACCACUUUGUGCUAUCUGGUUAAGAGUAUACUUCUUUGGUCUGUUUUAGAUGAUUAUUUGAUUUUAUGAGAGUGAUCUCCCUGUAACCACAAAGUGUUUUCA